AUGUUCAAUAACAGGCACUGGGUGUUCCAACAAGAUUCGGCGCCAGCUCAUAGAGCGAUGAGCACACAAGACUGGCUGGCGGCGCGUGAAAUCGACUUCAUCCGGCACAAAGAUUGGCCCUCCUCCAGUCCAGAUUUGAAUCCGUUAGAUUACAAGAUAUGGCAACACUUGGAGGAAAAGGCGUGCUCAAAGUCUCAAUUUGGAGUCAAUCAAGACAUCCUUGAUUAA